AUGUUCUACUUCAUCCUUUACGUUGUCUCCCAACUCGUCCUCCUCGGCGCAUGGGUCUCCGGCAUGUUGGACCAACACCAGAAAAAGCUACAGGAAAUACUCUUGGGCUACAUGGGAGAGACGAAAGUGUCAUAUGGAAUGAAGAAAAGCUUGGCGAGUAAGAAAUUUUGCGAGAAUAAGGAUCUCAGCAAGCUUCAAGACCAGCUCGGGAAUCAGCUUGGCGCAACAUUUGGGAAAGGAGGAGUUGGAGAGGAACUUGGUUCGACACUGAGCAAGGCGCUGUGA